AUGGAAAUCGAGUGGGUGAAACAAAGCUAACGGCUGCGGGAGAAGAGGCAGCUCUUCAGCCCGUCCUUCUUCCAGCCGCUUUUCAGAGAUGAGAGUAAAGGCAGGGAACGACGCGGGACUCCCGUGUACCACAGAGCAGGAGCUGCUCCAGAACCAGACCAUACGGCCCGAGGACGUGCUGGGCCUGCAGAACAUCACCGAGAAUUACCUGUGCAGUCCAGACGACAAUGUGCACAAGAUCGACUUUACUAGGUUCAAGAUCCGAGAUAUGGAGACGGGCAUAGUUCUUUUUGAGAUCACCAAGCCUCCUUUAGCAGAGAGUUCAGAGGACAGAAAGGACAUUGACCCCAACGCCGGGCGCUUUGUACGCUACCAGUUCACUCCCGCUUUCCUGAGGCUACGCCAGGUCGGAGCCACAGUGGAGUUCACAGUAGGAGAUAUUCCAAUCAAUAACUUCCGCAUGAUCGAGAGGCACUACUUCCGGGGUCAGCUGCUGAAGAGCUUCGACUUCGAGUUCGGUUUCUGCAUCCCCAGCAGCAAAAAUACCUGUGAGCACAUCUACGAGUUCCCUCCUCUCUCUGAGGAACUCAUACAUGAGAUGAUCCUGCACCCGUACGAGACUCAGUCUGACAGCUUCUACUUUGUGGACAACAAGUUGGUGAUGCACAACAAGGCAGAUUAUUCGUACACCGGCACACAAUAGAAUCUCUGCACACUGAAGAUGCUCAGAAAUAUGGACAUAUACAUCACAGGCUGGGGAGAAUAGGCCCCGAUCCAGUCAGGGUUGUGCUUUCCUUUUUUUUUUUUUUGGUAAAAACCCCAAGCUCAGGGUUUGUGUGAAUGGAUGGAUGUGUGUGUGUGUGUGUGUGUGCGUGCGUGUGUGUGUGUGUGUUUUUGUGCACCAGGAAAAGAAUUUGACCACCACCAAGCACAUAUAUUGUGUACCAUAGAUAGUCCUAUUUUGUAUUAUUAUUAUUAUAACUAUUAUUAUUACUGCCUACAGCAGAAUGUGUCUCUGUUCAUGUAUGUGAGUGUAUGCGUGUGCCUGCAUUCAUGUGCAUUAAUAGCCUGCAUGACACAAUGAGACGGUUUUUGUUUUUUCUUUCUACUCUGUGCUUCUUGAAAUCUGGUAUAGAGAGUUCAUUCACACACAUGUGUAAUGGCACUGCAGAACAAUAUAUCUGUCUUAAGCCCUUAAGGAUUAGUUUCUCCCAAAUGAAUUGGGAGGUAUGAAUUGGGAGGUAAUUUUUCUUUUUUAUAGGGGGUCCUCAGUGAUUUUAUUCCUAUCCAGAACAACCAUGUAUGUGUUCUUUUCAGACGUCCUUUGAGAAAAUUACAGACUGAAUUAUCUACUGUUUUUUGCUGAACUCUGUGGUCGUCCGGUAAUUUGACCCUGUCUGGACUUGUUUAAUAAAAUAGCUAUUUGUCUACUGCCACACACUGUAAUUACGCUUUGGGAGUGUGUUUACGCAGAGAUCUACGUAAACACAACAGCAAGUGGAAAUGGAGGAGCUACUGAACGCAAUGUGACGUGACUGAUAAAUCCAAAAAUCUCACUGGUCCUCCUGUUUUUCCAAUUGAAGUCUAGAUGCAAGAGUUUUAGCACAGAGUAGAAGUGUGAAAAAAGUUUCACAGACGUCCCCCUAAGAAACGAAUCUCAUCCAUAGAGGGCUAUAGUGGGGUAGACGGUGUUUCAUUUCCCUUAAAGUAUCUGCACUAUAUGAACAAAAGUAUUGGGGCUCCUGCACAUUCAUGGUUUCAUUCAAAAUUAGAAGUGUUAAAAAGACCUUUAUCUUGCCUUAGUAACUGAGUAACAGUCUCUACUCUCCAGGGACCAUCCACUAAGGGUUUUCUACUAGAUUUAUUUAGUGUAUAUCUGCUUCAGAGAGUCAUAUUCUAUUGGCAGUACGUUUUCUAACUACAGAUAAUAGAUAAACUGUGUGUGUAUGUGUGUCAUUCAUUAGAAUUCAUUAGAAUUCAUUAGAAGGAGUGCAUACAAACGUGUACAUGUAGUUUGUGUGUAUAUACAUUCUUAUGCACAUUUUUGGCACCCAUGGUCAUGUGACAUUAACAUUGUUCAUUUUUGAAAAACGAGUAAGUCUCCACCUGCUUAACAAACUUAAAUAUAAUAUUUUCUUUUUGUUUAAGAACACCUUUCCUGUUUUUUCUGUACAUUAGGUCAAAAUUCUUACAAAAAAAAACAUAUAAUGUUGUAAAUAUAAUGUUGUAAAUUGCAGUCUUUUUUGGUAAAUUAAUUAAUAAUAAGCUUUAUACAUAUGCUAAUAAAUGUGUUCUCUGAAGACAGUGUGAAUUUCCUUUUUUUUUUUUUACAAUUUCGAAAAUGUGUAAUUUGACCGAGAAUGAAAAAAUUGUCAUAAAUUUGUGUAAUAAAAUAACAAAUUGCUGUACAUUCCUAUUCAGAAUCUGUUCUGAAGGAGUUGUAAAGGUGUGUGCAGAUGAGCUCUCUAUAUGCAGAUUUCAAGAACUAGAAGCACGAUACUGACGCAGGACACAGAGUUUGACACUCUGCCCUUAGAAACUUUUUUACUCAUUAAGGGUUUGGGCUAUUUUUGAUUGCAAACUUGUGAUUUAUUUAUAUUCAUAUAAAGACCUUUGUGGGAAGUAUAUUUUAAUAGCUGUGCUGGUCAAAAUCAUGUUAUAGAGAUAAUAGCGAAUAUUAUGUGUUUAUAUCUGUAUUGUCUAUUCCAGUCAAUGUUCUUGAAAUAAAUAUGUUCUCCCUUUA